GAUUGCCGACAAUGCCUCCCAUUCAGCCCUGUCACUGCCGCCAGGCCUGCAGGCCAAGGAGGGGGUUCCUGCCAACAUCCAGCCAGGGACAGGACUGUUGCUGGCCUUCCCCUUGUGCUGAGCCUCCGGUCUGGGCUGGCAGCUUGAGGCAGAAUGGAGGGGCCCCAGAGCUCCACCCAUGUCCCCUUGUUGCUGCCGCUGCUUCUGCUGCUGCCACUGGGUCCAGCAUGGCAAAUAGCUGCCCAACGCUGCCCACAGACCUGCAUCUGUGACAAUUCCAGGCUGCAUGUUGCAUGCCGGCACCAGAACCUUACUGAAGUUCCAAAUACCAUUCCUGAGCUGACCCAGAGGCUGGACCUCCAGGGCAACAUGCUGAAGGUGAUCCCUCCAGCUGCCUUCCAAGCCCUGCCUUAUCUCACCCAUCUGGACCUGCGGCACUGUCAGGUGGAGCUGGUGGCCGAGGGCGCCUUCCGAGGCCUGGGCCGCCUGCUCCUCCUCAACCUGGGCUCCAACCGCCUGAGCUCGCUGCCCCAGGAGGCGCUGGACGGGCUGGGCUCGCUGAGGCGGCUGGAGCUGGAGCGGAACAUGCUGGAGGAGCUGCGGCCUGGGACCUUCGGGGCCCUGGGCGCGCUGGCCACGCUGAACCUGGCCCACAACGCCCUGGUCUACCUGCCCGCCAUGGCCUUCCAGGGGCUGCUGCGUGCCCGCUGGCUGCAGCUGUCACACAACGCGCUCAGCGUGCUGGCCCCCGAGGCCCUGGUGGGCCUGCCUGCCCUGCGCCGGCUCAGCCUGAACCACAAUGAGCUCCAGGCCCUGCCCGGGGCCGCCUUGUCCCAGGCCCACGGCCUGGCCAGGCUGGAGCUGGGCCACAACCCUCUCACCUACACGGGCGAGGAGGACGGGCUGGCGCUGCCCGGCCUGCGGGAGCUGACGCUGGACCAUGGCGCGCUGCAGGCCCUGGGCCCCCGGGCCUUCGCCCACUGCCCGCGCCUGCACACCCUGGACCUCCGAGGGAACCAGCUGGACACGCUGCCCGCGCUGCAGGGCCCGGGCCAGCUGCGCAGGCUGCGGCUGCAGGGCAACCCGCUGUGGUGCGGCUGCCAGGCACGGCCCCUGCUCGAGUGGCUGGCACGGGCGCGCGUGCGCUCGGACGGCGCGUGCAGAGGGCCGCGGCGGCUGCGAGGCGAGGCCCUGGACGCCCUGCGGCCCUCAGACCUGCGCUGCCCGGGAGAUGCGGCCGAGGAAGAGGAAGAGGAGCUGGCAGGCACUGCGCCCCGAGCCCCUCCGCUCGCCCCGCGGGAGGAGGACGGGGCGGCCACGCCCUGCCCGCGCGCCUGCGUGUGCGCCGCGGAGUCCCGCCACAGCGGCUGUGAGGGCCGCGGCCUGCAGGCGGUGCCCCGCGGCUUUCCCAAUGGCACUCAGCUCCUGGACCUGAGGCGGAACCACUUCCCGUCGGUGCCUCGAGCGGCCUUCCCUGGCCUGGGCCACCUGGUGUCGCUGCACUUGCAGCACUGCGGCAUCACAGAGCUGGAAGCCGGCGCCUUGGCGGGGCUGGGCCGCCUGCUCUACCUCUACCUCUCUGACAACCAGCUCUCCGGGCUCAGCGCAGCCGCUCUGGAAGGGGCCCCCCACCUUGGCUACCUGUACCUGGAACGCAACCGCUUCCUGCAGGUGCCGGGGGCCGCCCUGCGCGCCCUGCCCAGCCUCUUCUCCCUGCACCUGCAGGACAACGCUGUGGACCACCUGGCACCUGGGGACCUGGCUGGGGUGCGGGCCCUGCGCUGGCUCUAUUUGAGUGGAAACCGCAUCACCCAAGUGUCCCCUGGGGCGCUGGGCACAGCUCGGGAGCUGGAGAAGCUUUACCUUGACAGGAACCAGCUGCGGGAGGUGCCCACUCGGGCCUUGGAGGGGCUGCCUGCCCUCCUGGAGCUGCAGCUCUCUGGGAAUCCACUCAGGGCCCUGCAAGAUGGGAACUUCCGGCCUGUGGGCAGGUCACUGCAGCACCUCUUCCUGAACAGCAGUGACCUGGAGCAGAUUUCUCCUGGAGCCUUCUCAGGCCUGGAGCUGGGGCUCCAGAGCCUGCACCUGCAGAAGAACCAGCUUCGGGCUCUGCCCGCCCUGCCCAAUCUCAGGCAACUGGAGCUCAUUGAUCUCAGCGGCAAUCCCUUUCACUGUGACUGCCAGCUUCUUCCGCUGCACAGGAAGCUCCUGACUGCACAUCAGCACAGUGGGCUCCUCGACCUCUCAUCUCUCCUCAGGUGGCUAGCUGGGCUGAACCUGCGGGUGGGGGCCACCUGUGCCACCCCUCCCAGUGCCCGGGGCCAGCGAGUGAAGGCUGCAGCUGCUGUCUUCAGAACCUGCCCAGGCUGGGCUGCCAGGAAGACUAGGCGGACACCGACCUUCAGGCUUGGGGGCAGGAGGACCCCCAUCAAGAGGAGACAGCAAGAAGCAGACAAGAAGUGCCCAGCCUGUGAUGACUGAUGCCUGCCCCAUCUCAGGCACAGACCCGUUGUGGGUCCUGAGCCAGCCUAGUCUGCACACCUCAGCAAGCAGCUGACAGACCCGAGUCCAGGCUGCCUGCACAAGAGUCAAGAGCCAUGCAGGCCCUGAAGGCAGCUGGACACAGCAGCACAGCUGCAGCCCUGGCAGGACAGAGGGACGCACAUGGCACCAUCCAACACACAGGUGGGAAGGAAAGGGCUGUUUCUACCCUGGGUUCCAGGAUGCUACACGAGAGGCAGGACAGCUCAGUUUUGAGGGAGACUAACUGGGAGAAGCAAAAGCAGCUGGAAACUGGGCAGACACCAGGUGAACCUCUAGAGUGCAGUUUCCGAGGCCACUGGAAUCAGGAAUUAAAAGGACAAUAAGAAAAGCGAGCUGGGAGACACACCCAUUAUACCUGCCUGUCCCCUACUCCAGGGGGUGCUGUGAAGGACGGGGAAGAGUGUCCUUGAAGGUUCAUGGGCAGCAGUACCGGCCAUACCCUAGGUCAAGGCCAUACCAGACUUGGGUUAACAGUGGGGACAAAGAAUGAAAAUGUCAGGCGGAUCCAACCCCAGCUAGAACCCGGGGCAGGCCAGGCACUGUGGGGGGGGGGCCCAAGGUAGGAGAGCUGAGCUCCCUGUUGCUGUCCCCAGCAGUAAGCAGCUUGGCCUCCACCCUGUCAUCAAGUUGGCCCAGGCCACUGCAAGCCUCCCCCACUUUCCUUUUAGGAAAUACGAACCAGAGAAGAGAGGUAAAGGCCAUGACAGGUCACCAAUGCCCGUUAUCCUGGUCAGUGCUUCUCAGCUGCCUGCCACUGCACAGUCCCUCCAGUGCCUUCUGCUUGGUUUGAUUUUAGGCAGAGCUGCUCCUGUCCCACUUCUGUCCCGGGGACCUUCCCAUCAGAGCUGCUUCAUAAUUUUAUUCUUGGGCAAACAUACAGGCGGAUCACACACUGUCUUGUCCCUCGUCUUCCAGUGUGAUGGCAGCAGUGCCCACACCUGUUGGGGGCACAGCAGAUUGGGCAGCAAGUGCACCAGCUUCAGAAGCCUGGGGCCACACAGGGAGUCACUCAGACCAGCUUGGGGCCUCAGGCAUCCCCAGGCACACAGGCCUCCAGAGGAGGGUGGAGGCAAGAGGCGGGUCCUUCAGCAGGCAGCCUCCACAUAAGAGGCAGGACAUACACAAAAAAGGCUCAGUCUCCCAUCUUAAGUGGGGUGGAAGGGUGGUGGCACAGGAGCCCCAGCCUCCCCUCUGUUCCAUGGCCUGGGCUGGCUCAGUCAUCAGUCUCUUGCUUGAUGUUCUCGAGGGGGACAGGCAGCUCUGGACUAGGAGCCUUGUCAGGAGAAGCCAUGUCCAGGUGCUCUUCCUUCACACACACAGCAAUGACUAGAGGGAAGCAGAGAAUGAGUGUGCAGGCCCAGGAAGGUUGACAAGGGACCUGGCUUCCUGCAGAGGGGGCCCCCAGGAGCCGGGGAGGCCACCUCUACCCUCCUGCUCACUUCCCAGAGGCUGCAGCAGAGAGGCCCAGGGUGCCAAGCACAGCCUGCCUGGACUGGGUGUGCCAGAGAUACUGGCAUCUGCCAGUCUGCCCCCACCCUGCCAAGUCCAUCCAGUGGGCAGAGGUGCAGAGGUAGAGGGCGGGGCACCUGGCUGGACAGAGACUGGGCUUGGCUCAGAGUUGGGGGCGGGCGUUUGGGAAGUUCUACAGGCCCAGUGGUUCAAGGACUGCUUGGUGCCCAGAAAACUCUCUUCAAACUUGACUCUACUCUUCUGUGCCCAGGUGGGAAAGAAGAGGGGCCGCCUCUGAGCACGGAGCAGGCCGGCCCUGCCUUGAUCUCGCCCGGCGGCUCUUACUCUCGUCAGGAAUGGGCUCCGAUGGGACCUUCCCCGCAGCCUGCAGGUCGUCCUCCAGCAGGGGCUUCUUGGACCCCUGUCUAAGGGGCCGAGUCUUGGUCGGCGGGAUUCUUUUCCCUUUGAAUAAAAAUGGAAUGAACUCA